AGUUGCCCGUCUCUGGGCCGCAUGGACAUGACGGCGGUCGUGUUGGCCGGUCAUGAUAUAAGAGACGGCCGUCAGUCUUUGAGGUCUUGCUUAUUGGGUCUUGCUGUGUGAAUAGAUCUGCUCUCUGCCCGAACGAGAGGACCUUACCACUGCCUUUUUCGUUUCAGGUCCAAAUCAUCAACAAAACGCAAAAGAAAGAACGAGAUGGGCGUCACGAUUCCCGCCCGCAAAGCCGAGGCCGUCCUGGUCAAGGCGGGCCAGAGCAUCAAAAUCACAAACACCCACGGCAAACAGGUCGUCGACUUUUGGGCGUUCAACCCGUCGGACCCCAAUGAUUUUUUGUCCAUGGUGCACACGAGGACGGUGCUUGUCAAGAUCUCGUUGUCCAAGGGCGACAAAUUGUACAGCACUCGCCGGAAGCCCGUUUUGACUUUGGUCGAGGACACUACGCCGGGAGUGCACGACAUUAUUUGGUCGGCGUGCGACGCUGAGCGGUACCGCAUGCAGGGAUAUCAGGGACAUCACGACAAUUGCUCGGAGAACCUGCAUGGUGCGUUGGCCAAGGGGUUUCCCGACUUCAAGAUCGCGCAGGACUGGACUCCGGACCCGUUCAAUAUCUUUAUGAAUGUCGCGAUCGAUCAUCGAGGUGGACUCGAUAUUCGUCCUCCCCUGAGUGAGAAGGGAGAUUAUGUUGUCCUCAAGGCUGAGACGGAUCUAAUUGUCGCGAUGAGUUGUUGUCCGCAGGAUUUGGCGCCGGUGAAUGGUGGCGGCGGGCCGACAGAUUGCGAGUACGAAGUUCUUGGGGACGGUGCCAGUGAGGUGCCGCGGUCUCUGACCAAGACGAAGCCUCGUGUCAAGGUUGCUUUCUCGUUCGAUUUUGACGCUGUGAGUCAUUGGCUUGGGACGGGUUGUCAUGCCGAUAACAACAUGGCGGACUACUCGAGUGGUAUCUUUGCCGGGAGAGUCGGUGCGGUCAGACUGGUCAAUUUGCUCAAGAAGCUCGACAUUGCGGACAAAGUCACCUGGUUUAUUCCGGGGCAUACGGUCGAGACAUUUCCUGAGAGCGUCAAGCUUGUGGCCGAUUCGGGUGCUGAGGUCGGAUUACAUGGGUAUUCUCACGAAGGUAUCUACCAGAUGACUCCCGAACAAGAGGCCGAUGUGCUGCAGAAGUGUAUCGACGUCGCGACCAAGUUGUGCGGGAAGAAGCCAAGGGGUUAUCGGGCGCCGAUGUACACCAUCCGCGAGACGACCGUCAAGUUGUUGAGGCAGCACGAGUUUUUGUAUGAUUCGAGCUUGAUGCACCAUGACAGCCAGGUCUAUUGGACGCCGAACGACCCCCCGAUCAAGACGAUUGAUUUCGGUAAGGACGCGUCGAGCUGGUUGCACCCCACGGAACUGGCUGCGGAGCAUAAGGCGUAUCCGGCCGAGGGGGUGCACCCGCUUGUCGAGAUCCCUUGUGGGUGGUAUAAUGAGGAUAUGAUGCCGCUGCAGUACCUGCCUCAUUUGGCGCAGAGUCAUGGGUAUGUUGGGACACGCACCAUUGAGCAGAUGUGGAAGGAUAAGUUUAUGUGGUUGUGGGAGAAUAGUACAGUGGAUGGAAGGGAUGAGUUCAUCUUCCCGAUCUUGAUGCAUCCGGAUACAUCUGGUAUGGCUCAUAUUAUGGGCAUGGCGGAACGGGUCAUGACUUGGUUGAAGAGCUGGGGUGAUAAGGUUGAGUUCUGUAAGCAUGAGGAUAUUGCGAGGGCGUGGCUUGCGGAGCAGAAGGAGAAGAAGUAAGUGUCUGAGAGGUAGUCAUUGUGGUUGAGGGUUAUCCCAAGAAAAGGCGGCGGGCAAGACUUGAAGUGCUGAGCGUGUUGAAAUAAUCUGAGGAAGUUGUCUCAAUAGUACUGGACACCUCACACCGUCUUUCACAUCGUAUCACAAUAGCAGGGAACUGCAAACCCUCCGCGCCAGUCAUGUCCGCCUGAUCCCCAAUCGGGGCAGUUUACCCUAUCCGCCCUGAUACAUGGUAGUACCUAGGUAUGUGAGGUUACCCCGCCCAUGUUGCUACGCCUCCAAUCCCCAA